AUGGCCAGCUACUUCCGCUGGAUGCGCGGCGGGCGCAAGGACGACGUGCUCUACCAGAAGCCCCGCAGCCGCUCGCUCGACGCGCGCGCCCUCGAGCGGUCGGGCGUGCGCAUGCUGCUCAACAACAGCGAGUCGUUCGCGGCUGGGCGCCUUCUGCGUCUGCUCUCGGCGCGCGCGUUAUCGCCCGCGCAGCUGCCGCCCACGCGCCGCGCCGCUGGCUCAGUGGCGGAAGGCGCUGUGAAUCUCUCUGGCCGCGACCAGGCUUCUGCAGAAAGCAGGAACACGCGCAGAACGCGGUGGGACAAACUGCAGCUUCACCGCUACCGCUGGCUGCUACUGCAGUUCCCGGAGCGGGUUGCAGGCCAAUCUGGCAAGGCCGCCAACUCGCCCCAUUUCCGCGUCCGGCAGUUCCUGGAAGAGCGGCGCUGCGCUGCUGGGCGCACAGAGCGGCAGCGCAGUUACAUCAGCAGCAGUCAGCUCAAGUUGCAAAGUGUAGGAAUGCCUAAAAGGCAUGUGUGGUUGGCGCGCGUGUUGGGCCCACAGCGCGAGAGCGCGGCGCCGCCCCGGGCGGGGGCUCGCCGGCCACGUCACGAAGUGGCCGUUUCCUCGUUACGCCGCUCGCGCGCGCGCGCGCGCGGCGCGGCGCGGCGCGGCUCUGCGACUGUGGCGGCGGCGGUGGCCUUGGCCGACGCAAGGACGCGACCGGCACACGGAUGA